CUGCUGUCUGCUCUGCUGCUGCCUUUCAUUUUAUUCUUUGCUAGGGGCCGGCUCGGCUUGCACAGGUCCGGCCGUUCAUCCCUUGGCUAGCGAGCGAGCCACCUAUAUAUAUACAAGGAAAAGGAAGAGCGGGUUCUUGGAUCGGACGCCGCUGGCUACUCCCGUCUUUUGCAUCGUCACGCUAUCGGAGAAGCUGAAGCUCUGAGCUUCAGUUCUUGAGAGAAUUAAUAAGCUCGACCGGCCAUGAAGGGUGGCGCAGGAGACAAGGCCGGGAGGAGCAGGCCGCCGCCGCCGCCGCUGCGGAUGGAGUCGCAGCGGUUCAGGCUGCUGUCCAUCGUCGUCGGCUGCUUCAUCUUCUCCAUCGUCUUCCUCCUCUCCUCCCGCCCCGACGCCACCGCAUUCAACACCAUGAGCCCCAAGGCGUCGUUGGAAGACGCGCGCAGGCCGGCCGUCAAGACCCUGCGCUCCUCCGCCGGCUUCGGCCCAGAUUUCCAUGUGGACAUCCUGGCGCAGCAGGGGCAAGGAGGGAGCCAUAGCCUCCUGAAGCAGAGUGUCGAGCAGAGCAACGACAGGGCGGUCACAGAAUGGGUUAGAGACACGGUGAUCGUGGAGGAGAGGAGCGAUGUGGAGAGAGAAGCAGAGCCGGAGGAGCCGGAGCGUGAUCGCGACAGCAAUGCCGCUGCCGCGACGUCUAACUCCGACGACCACGCAGCAGCAGGUGUCGAGAAGGCAGUCCAAGACAACGCCGUGAGGGCCACGGCCGCCGCGAUCACCGGGCAACCGGCCGCGGAAACGACGUCGACUCUGCCUGACCAGAUAGAGAAGCGGCAAGUUGGCGGUCUGCUCAAGCUCCAGGAGCAGACGACGGAGCGCAAGGAAUCAACACAUUCCAGGGACCAGCAGCCACGGCCCCCGCUGUGCGACUUCUCCGACUUCCGUAGCGACGUAUGCGACUUCGCCGGUGACAUCCGCAUGGACGCCAACGCGUCGGCGUUCGUCGUCGUUGACCCGGCCGGCGGCGCGAACGGCCAUUGGCACAAGGUACGGCCGUACCCGCGGAAGGGCGACGAGACGUGCAUGGGCCGCAUCACCGAGAUCACCGUGCGGACGACGGCCGACGCGGAGGCCGCGCCGCGGUGCACAAGGAUGCACACCGCGCCGGCGGUCGUGUUCUCGAUCGGCGGGUACACGGGCAACAUCUUCCACGACUUCUCCGACGUGAUCGUGCCUCUGUACAACACUGUGCAGCGGUAUCGCGGCGACGUGCAGCUCGUCAUGGCCAACGUGGCCUCGUGGUGGCUCGUCAAGUACGAUACGCUCCUCGGCGAGCUGUCGCGCCACGCGCCGCUCGAUCUUGCCAAGGCCGGCGCUGCCGGGGAGGUGCACUGCUUCGGGCACGCCGUGGUCAGCCUGCGUGCGCACCGGGAGCUCAUCAUCGAGCGGGAGCGCAGCCUGGACGGUCUUGCGACGCCGGACUUCACGCGGUUCCUCCGGCGCGCGCUUUCGCUGCCCCGGGACGCGCCCACGCACCUCGGUGACGGCACAGGGCGGAAGCCCCGCCUGCUGAUCAUCUCCCGCGGCCGCACCCGGCUGCUCCUGAACCUCGACGCUGUGGUCCGCGCGGCGGAGGAGGUAGGCUUCGAGGCCAUCGUGAACGAGUCGGACGUGGCCAACGGCAUCUCCCAGGUGGGGCGGCUGAUCAACUCGUGCGACGCUCUGGUGGGCGUGCACGGCGCGGGGCUGACCAACAUGAUGUUCCUGCCGCCGGGCGCGACGAUGGUGCAAAUCGUGCCGUGGGGAGGGCUGCAGUGGAUGGCGCGGGCAGACUACGGCGAGCCGGCGGAGGCGAUGGGGCUCAAGUACAUCCAGUACGACAUCACCGUCGGCGAGAGCACGCUCAAGGACAAGUACCCAAGAGAUCACAAGAUCUUCAGCAACCCGACGGCGCUGCACAAGAAGGGAUUCAUGUUCAUUAGGCAGACGCUCAUGGACGGCCAGGACAUCACCGUCGACGUCGGCCGCUUCAGGGAGGUGCUGCUCCAGGUUCUCAGCAACCUCGCGCAGUAGCUAGCUGCGUGACGAGCUAGUUGUUACAUGCAUCCGUGCAUGUACAGUGCUACGUAUAUAUACAGAACAUACCACUACCAUGUAUGUAUGUACGUACAUUAAUUUAGUUGGAGCUUUGUAAUGUCACGCAACACUCCACAAGAGAUUUUUUCUAUGGAAAAUCACCUUGAGAUAUUUUGUUCA